GAGGAGAGCUGAGGAGCCACGGAGCCCAUCUCUCCCUGCCUCUUCCCCACAGCACCUGGCAGGUGCUUAGUGGACGACAGGAGUGCGAAUGGGCAGAGCAGAAUCUGUAGAAGGGAAGAUGAGCACCCAGGACCCUUCAGAUCUGUGGAGCAGAUUGGAUGGAGACACUGAGCUGCUCCAGGACCUGGGUUGGUACCACGGCAACCUCACACGCCACGCGGCUGAGGCUCUUCUCCUCUCAAAUGGAUGUGACGGCAGCUACCUUCUAAGGGACAGCAAUGAAAGGACCGGGCUGUACUCUCUCUCUGUGAGAGCCAAAGACUCUGUCAAACACUUUCAUGUUGAAUAUACCGGAUAUUCAUUUAAAUUUGGCUUUAAUGAAUUCCCAUCUUUGAAGGAUUUUGUCAAGCAUUUUGCAAAUCAGCCUUUGAUUGGAAGCGAGACAGGCACUCUGAUUGUUCUGAAACAUCCCUAUCCACGAAAAGUGGAGGAACCUUCCAUCUAUGAAUCCGUCCGGGUUCACACAGCAAUGCAGACAGGAAGAACAGAAGAUGACCUGGUGCCCACUGCGCCUUCCCUGGGCACCAAGGAAGGGUACCUCACCAAGCAGGGCGGCCUGGUGAAGACCUGGAAAACAAGAUGGUUCACUUUACACAGGAAUGAACUGAAGUACUUCAAAGACCAGAUGUCACCAGAACCAAUUCGGAUCCUAGACUUAACGGAAUGUUCGGCUGUACAAUUUGAUUAUUCACAGGAAAGAGUAAACUGUUUUUGCUUGGUAUUUCCAUUCAGGACAUUUUAUCUCUGUGCAAAGACAGGAGUAGAAGCUGAUGAGUGGAUCAAGAUAUUACGCUGGAAAUUGUCUCAAAUAAGAAAACAGCUCGACCAAGGGGAAGGCACCAUCCGAUCCCGGUCAUUCAUCUUUAAAUAGACCUUUCUCCACAAGGGGUGCCCCGGCCCAGGAGCAGCGUGGACUGUUCCCUCACGCUGUGAUCCGUAGCAGGCUCCAGCCAAGCUGACUAAGGAUUUUUCUUUACAAACAAAUCAAAAGCAGAUGCUGAUUUGGACCUUUCAGAACACACCACAUUUGCUGACUCACGGAAAACUGCAGCCCCGCGGGACGUUGUCAUCUCCUUGAGAAUACCAGCAAUCAUUGUUCUGAUGGCACCGGGUGUUCUCACUCUCAGAACAGACAGUGUCAGACAGAGGGAUUCUGUUUUCCCUCACUGCGGUCCUCAAGCCGGUUGACAUUACCUGGAGGAGUCCCACUCUGUGUCAUGGUCAGCUCGUCUGACAGCCAGGUUGUGCUGUCAAUCAGGAAGGAAACAGCUGUACACUUUGAGCCUUAGGCUGCAUCUUCAGAAAGUAUAUCGAGACAGCAAACAUCAAAGAUCGGGGGACAGUGGUUGUUUUUGCUUUUUUUAUCCUUUAUAUAACAAAACAAAACAAUUUCCAAAACUAAAAUGGAAAAUGUUUGUUUUCCAUUUAUUUUUUUGUAUUUCAUUUUAUUUUCUCUUUGUAGAAGGCUCAGAAAUCUAGUGGGUCCUUCCUGCCCUUCUAAUGAUAAACCUGUGAGAACUAAAUGUCCCAUGAGCAACUGAGUAGGAUGAUAAAGACAAAGGAAGGCACAAUCUAAAAAACAUCUCUUUUAAUCAUUUUGGGGGAAAUGUUUUAAGUGUGAGAAAACAUAAAUCAAGGAAGAGUAAUAAAGUAGUAGAUAACUUGUAGUUUAAUAAUAAUUAUUAUUAUAACUCUAAUCAUAACUAUAAUAGUAAUUAUUAUUAUAACUAUAACAAUAAUAGAGCACUUGUAAGCACUAAGUUAUCUUCAGCCAACAUUUCCCCAAACAGCCUGAAAAAGACUUCUCAAGGAGAGUGUGUUAGAACAAUCCUCUCCCGGAGCGAGCAGUAGGGUCGGCCCACGAGAAGUAAGAACCACUUUGCACUGAGACGCUGAACACCUGCAUCUUAUUCAGGAGCAACUUCUGCUGCCAGUUGAGGGAGCAACACUAAAUGCACAUGCAGUGUAUAAUGACGCGUUUGGCGCACAGCCUUUUCAAACCAGAGUAAGGGGAUGGAAACAGGAGAAUGAGAUCCUGGCAUCUGGAGCUCAUGAAUAGAUUCUAACUCUUUCUAUUAUCUUUAUUCAUACUGCUUUUUUAGACUGAGGUUUGAAGGGAGAUAAAAGGGAGGACGAACCCCAAAAUGGAAAGAUUACGGUGCAAAGCUGUGACGGAACGCUGCUCUUGCAGUGCAAAGGCUUACCUUCUUAAAUCAAGUUCUUCUGUUAUUUAAACAUCUAGGACUCAGAAAUGACAUUAUAGUUUUGUGUUUUUCCACAAGGUUUGUAAUGUAUUUUGUAAUGUUUGUAUCAUAUGGGAUAAAACAAAUAAUUAUUGUGUCCAGUUUGCCAAGUAAGAGGUUACAAACGGAUCCUCACUGAGAUGUGUGCUUUUAUGUGUUGUUUUCUCAGAACCAAAGGUGUUUCUUUGUGUAGGUAAUAUUGUUUUUACUUUUUGUAAAAUAUAGCAUGUUUAUUUAUAUUCUUUGGUUAUGUUUAUUAAAAAGAGCAUGAUUUUUCUGUG